GCACACACACAUACAUGCUGCACAAGAGUGCGUGGACAUCUUUGACGCUGCUCUCCAUGACCUUCUGCUCAAAAAGAAGACUGAAGGAAGAAUGAGACAUGUUGAAAUCAGCGAGUCCUCCUGAGUGGACAUGGGCCUGCUGCUGCGUUUGGCCUUCCUGCUAACUGCCGUGGGCGUCAGCGUCCACGUUUACCUGGAAACACGAUGGCGGCUGGCACCUGCGAGCCGGCCUUUGGAGGACAAGGCCCCGCCCACUCGCACCUGGACCACCGAGAAGGUUCCUGCACUGAAGCAAGGCGACGUGAUGAGGAGGGAUGCCGGCUCGCGUCUGAAACGCCAAAAAAAGGCGCCUCGGUGGCACAUAGCCCUGCAGCCUUGGGCCAGUCACAAUCACUCUCUGGAGGAUGAAGCAAAACGGUUUCUCAACUACAUAACAACCCCACAAGUGUCCUGUAAAAGUCCUCAUGUGGGCCCAGACGGAGGCUGGGCUGUGUGUCUGGACCCAGAGUACAGCCUGGCUCACAGGAUGCAACACAAGCAAUGCAGGGUUUACUCCUUUGGGUUGGGCCCAGAUGACCGUGUCCUGGAACGUUUCCUGGCCAGAUCCGGGUGUGAGGUCCACUGCUUCGAUCCCAGUUUGAGGCAACCGCAUUUGCAGCACGCUGACAUGUGGCUUCACCGACUCUCUAUUGACUGGAGGGAUCCCAACCCGUCUGUUGUUUCCCAGCGUCAGUACGCCAACACCAAAAAACUGGCCACCAUCCUCAACGAUUUCGGUCAUCGACAGAUGGACGUACUGAAAGCAGACAUGGAGAGUGCCGAGUGGAAGAUUUUGGAGAAUUUGAUCCUGGAAGGAGUUCUGGACUCUGUAGGUCAACUACUCAUAGAGCUUCACCUCCACUGGGCAGGUUUCGAGGUGGCAGGGGACGAUCCUUCAGUCGUGCGCUAUUGGUUCAGCUUGCUCAAAGAGCUGGAGCGUGCCAACUUCCGCCUGUUCCAUGUCCGCAGAGAUGCAGCAAAACCACCUGUGUUUCUGCACAAGAACGUCCUCAAUGCAAGCAGUGCCUACACUUUAGCAUGGAUGAGCACACGCUGGACACCCUAAAGUAUGUACCAGACAAUAUCCAGGUGGAUUCAUGUCAGAACACAGGUGCUUGCUCAGGCAAAUUUUCUGACGCAGACUGACCUUUUUGCCAACCUACUUAUAAAGUAAGUCAUGAAGGCCCCAGAGGCUGUCUUCUACUACCUCAUGUCUAAUGUGUUGGCUGCAGGUCAGUCUCUUAGUCACAGUCGACCCCUGUGAUCCUCUGUCUAAUUCGGGCCUGCAGAUACUUAACGCCACAGGACAUUUUCUUCUAUUCCAUUGGUGGGGACAACAGUGCAUAGAUGUGAGGGUUUGACUGUGCCGAGGGGUAGGAGAGGGAUUGAUUUAUUCUGUGAGGGGCUGCAUGGACUGAAAGAGAUGCAUUUAGAUCCUUCAGACCAAGAUUUUUUUUUCAGUGAUGUACAGUAUUUGGUAUAAAAAUGCAUGCAAAUUCAUCAUUGGUGGCUGAAUUCAGCCCAUGCCAUCGUUUUGCUUAACACAGGCCAUAUUUUACAGACGUGUUUGGCAGUGCCCUGAAGUUGUGUACCACCUUUUGUGGUGAUUCUGCUCAUCACUCUAAAGUUACAGUGAGCUGUGUGAGAAAAGUCCAACUUAUGGGUUUAGUAGCAGCAUUACUGGUGCGUUUUUGACAAAUGUUCACCUUUUUGUGUACAAAAGUAGACUAGUUAGCUUACACAAAAACAUACAAUAGUUUUCUGUUAUUUGUAAUAAAAAGACUAAACCCAG